AUGGCGAACGACAAGAAAUUACACGAUAAUCUCUCCCGUGUCAAAGCCCCGUCUCCCGUCGGAAAAUCGAUAUUUGUUGGACUUCGCCUGGCAGAUGCACUCUGGCAAUAUAACUUUCUACAUCGCAGCUGGGCCUCUCAGCUUGUUUCUCGACUCAAUGGCACACCUUUACCUGCGACAGCUGCCCUCAAUGGACAGCUCCGACCCUACUACCAGAUCCUCGUUGCUAUGUCUCUUGGCAGUGGCAUAAAACAGGCGAUACAUAUGGCCUUUAUUUCGGAACAGGAGCUGUCGGCUGGAUUGGGAUUUGGCAUCGGAUUCUUCAAUACGGUUUUCAACUCGACUAAUAUCCUCUUUGGCAUUUGGUCUGCGACGUCACAAGCUCCUGUGUCCGAAGAUUGGCGUUCUGUUUUGUCCAAGGUGUCCUUGGUCGCGGGCAUCUUAGCUUAUUCAGUAGGUAUCCUCGUAGAGCUUAUCUCCGAGCUCCAGCGGCAGCGAUUCAAGAAAAAUCUUGCCAAUAAAGGAAAGCCAUAUGGAGAUGGAUUAUUCUCGCUCGCAACCAAUAUCAACUACGGUGCAUAUACAUUGUGGCGAGGUGGGUUUGCGCUGGCAACCGGAGGCUGGCCAUGGGGUCUCUUUACAUUCGCAUUUUUCUUCUAUGAUUUUGCAACCCGUGGGGUUCCAGUUCUCGACCAGUAUUGCACCGAGAGAGUAUGUUUUGUUUCCCGUUAUUGA